AUGGGUGAUGCUCCACAUAUUGCCGUUGCCCCAACUGCCCCCACAACAGUCAAUUAUGGUGCUGAAAUCUCCUUGCAAUGUGCUGCUACUGGAAUUCCUACACCACAGAUCACGUGGCUGAGAAACUCCCAACAGCUCAAGUUUGACGAUAAUCGUCGUUCAAUUGACAUGGACAACGUGACUCAACGUCUUAAUGGACGGCCAGUCGAUGUGAUAUCUAACCUCAUGAUCAAGAAUAUCACUGAUGCGGAUGAUGGUGUGUACAAGUGCAAUGCCAGCAAUAGUCAAGGAUGGACGAGUGCAACAGUGAGGGUAAAGGUUGAUGUGGCAGACGUAUACAGAUAUCCUUUCAACUGUUUACAUCCUCCACACAGUUGGCCCCAAACAUGCACAUCCGUCGCAUCCACCACCAGACCUCCCGCCGUUCUCGACGUUUCGCCCAACAUUCUACCCGGCAACGAAACUCAAGCAUUCCUCUACUGGAACGGCUGGACGUGCUUCACACAAUCUCGUUGCCCGUUCCUCCAUUUCACAUGGAAAGUUUACACGCUGGAAAAACAAGGAAACCAUCUAGUACCUUGCACUAGGUGUGCGCAUGGACACGGUCUAUACAGCGAGCCGGUCAACGUACGUCCAUACCUACACAAACCACAAGGAAUUUACAUGAUCGAGUUAGCAGUUGAAUCGCCAGCUGACAAAGCGACGUCGAUCGCUCGCAGUCUGUUGCUCGUCGACGACGACUCGACGGUCGAGAAAUCAUCAACACACUCGUUGUCUGUUUCUAUGGCGACCAAACGUGUGGCAUUCGGGGACGCAACAUUUUGGUGGCGAACGGAUAAUUCGUUGGAUACGUUGACCAUCGAUUGGUCAAACUGUUUCUAUAAUUCGUUCGUUAAGCGUCGGCCAUCGUUGCUGUAUCCGGUUAGAACCUCGUCCGGUGGAUUGAAUAUUGCACACUCACCUCUCUCGUUCGACGGCAUCAAGACGGUUAACGACUCAGGAGUCGUAGCAUUCUAUGUUACAUUGUGGAAUACGAGUGACAGUCAGUCGGAUACGAUGCUUUCCAACGUCACACUCGGACGGUUCAACGACGGCUACUCGUUUGUGUACAAACCUCAUGCGUCUGGCGAGAUGCUCAGAGCUGACAUCGUCGCUACUGACGUAUUCGGUCAUAAAGGUGGCGACUCGGUUUUUGUCAUCACCGACUUCACUCGUCCACGGAUCACGAACUACGACGUAUGGGCUCGACGUCAACCGUCGAUUAAGAACCCCUCGGUGUGUAAAUCGGCUGGGGGAAGCACGACGAGGCAUUACUCUCUCGAGUUUAACGUAUUGGACGAUGAAAGCGGGAUCGAUCACGUGGUAUGGCAUGUCGGCAGUCGAGCGGGAGGGACAGACGUGGGAUCCGACAAGGUAAAACCCGAUACAAUUCUUCGAGAAAAAUGCAACCUUCCAUCAUGUUCAUGCAGCAUUGACGGUUUCUGUUCACUUCGUGACAUGAAAGUCGAGCUUAAGAGCCUAAAGUCUCAAUCUUAUUACGUCACGUUGAUAGCAACAAGCAGAUCGGGUCUUACUGUGACGUCGAUGAGACAGACAAAUAUACAGACAGAAAACGUGACUAUUGAUCAUGUUUUAGUGAACCCCGACUCGUCGUCUUCUAUUGGAGUUCGUUGGUCUGCGGUCUUGCAAUCAGUUGUCUACACGGUGACCGUGUGUUCGAAAGACAGGCGAGGUGAUUGUGGAGCUUGUGUGGACACGAAGAGUGUUUCUAAUGCGACCGAAGUGACGGGGUUGUCUCCAUAUACUCAAUAUGUUGUUCAAGUUGAAGCGGAUGUGGGCGGUGGCUCGUCCAGUCUUAGUGGAAAGGAAACGAUUCGGACGCUACCAGCAGCUCCAUCAGCUGCCCCAACAGACAUAAAUGCCACGUCAACUGGCCCACGCAAUGUUACUAUAACAUGGUCACCUCCACCAGUCGAUCAUCGCAAUGGUAUAAUUGAUGACUACUUAGUGGACGUGUCUGGUGGUGGUCGGUUGCAAGGGCAACCAAUCAGAGUUGGUGGAAACAAUCUAACGUUUACUGUGGGAGAUUUGAAGCCUUUUACAAGAUACACUGUCCGAGUGGCAGCAAAGACUAAAGAUGUAACUGAUGACAUUGGAGUUUACUCUCCAGGAACGGAAGUAACAACAGAUGAAGAUGCGCCUGAUGGUCCACCUCAAAACAUUAACUUCACAAUAAUCGGCAUCAGAAAUUUAACUCUCAGCUGGGAAGCACCUGAACAGGAUCUACAGUAUGGCACCAUUUUAGGCUACAACAUUACCUACAAACUCUCUGGCUCUGAGGAGCUUAUGACUAAGACUUUGAAAGGAAGCUACAAUCUGGUGUUAGACGAUCUGCUGCCCUACACUCUGUACAGCAUUAGUGUGUCAGCAUUCACUUCAGCCGGGCUGGGAAGAGCUGCAGAAAGAGAAAUACGGACCCAGGCAGACUUUCCUGACCCACCAAUCAUUGAUCCUAAUCGUCUCCAUGCACUUGGACCUACAUCUUUCUCUAUUGCUUGGCAGCCUCCUGAGAGACCUAAUGGCAUGAUCAACAGAUAUAUUGUAUUAGUUGAGAGGAAUCAUACUCAACUGCGUCGUGAUGUUGCGAAUGAUUCACAAUGUACUUUAUGCUAUUUUCCUGUUUUGGCUAGCAAUACUCAUUAUGUGGUGAAGGAUCUGUUACCUGCAAUGACGUAUCGUGUUGCUAUGAUGGCAGAGACAUCAAGAGGACGAGGAAAAGCGAGUGGAAGCUACUAUGUGAUGACAAACGUACCACAGUAUGGAGCUCCUCAAGAAUUGAUAGCAGAGAGUACAGAAACUCCAACAGAAAUCAUUGUAAAUUGGACUCGUCCAACGACGUCGCAAUCUGAUCAGUUGACAUACAACGUGACAUACUACAGACUCGACACGGUUGAUAACCCCACAGACGUGAGGAGACGAUCGACAGACACGACGUCUAUUCUAUUGACUCAAUUAAUUCCGUACUCUUACUAUGCGAUCAAAGUGUUCGUGAAGGGAGCAGCCGAGAACUCAAGCGAGACGUUUGCUUACACAGAAGAAGACAAGCCUGGCAUGGUGGCUUGGUUUGGUGUCGAUAACGUGGGAGCUUCUUCUUUCCGUUUGGAAUGGGAGCCACCGAAAGACGAAAACGGUCGCAUCAGUUACGCAUACACAAUCAAGAAUGCUUUAUCAGAUCAUCCAGGUGAGACCAUAAAACUUGAUCAAACAAGUUUGGUUAAAAUCCGUGGCAUCUUUCAAUACGACGUCGGAUCGUUGUUGGGAGACACAACGUACCGAGUGUCUGUGUUUGCGUACAACAUCAAGUUGAAUGUGAACGGACCAUCAAGUCGGACAGAGGAAAUCCACACGUUGACAGGCAUUCCCGGGCCUCCUGCUGAUGUGAGUGUAACAGCAACGGAACAAGAAACGAUCAUUGUUACUUGGAAUCCACCACAGACACCAAAUGGCAUCAUUCGUAAGUACGAGAUAAAGAGAUCUCGUGUGUCUGAUGGAGACUCGAAUGAUGCAACAACCGACAUCAUUUACUCUGUUGAUGCUACAAAACGUUUUCUUGUCGUCACCAAUGCACAUGCUAACGAGAUGUAUGAGGUGAUGGUACGCGCUGUUAAUGAUAGAGGAAACCAAGGAGAGGGAAGUCCUGCAAUGCGAGUCACAGCAAUAUACGUUGAUCUUGGUGAGAAAGCUCCAACAAACGUGGAAAUCUCGAAUUUGACUUCAACCGGGUUUUUGGUCACGUGGCAUGCACCCAACAAUACUGACGGUCUAAGCAACUACACGAUCAUUGUUCGACCGGGUGAUUCGGAUGGCAGGAACGAUUUGCUUUUUAAUAUCAACGCAUCUGCUUCUGCUAUGAACGUGUACAAUUUGAGUAGCAACACUUUAUAUCAAGUGCUCGUACAAGCCAAUUAUUUCUCGAAGGCAUCUGUGCAGUCGUCUCGGAGAUUUAACCAGACACUCCAAGGAGUUCCAAUCUCAAAACCAACAAACGUGACUUCACAUGCCACUAGUGAGUCAGACAUCGAACUGCAGUGGAUCUCUCCUCCUCAAUCCGACCUCAACGGCAACCUUUGCAAAUUCCAAGUCAAAUACCACUCGACUCACUCCCAGAGUGUCUCAACAGAGUUUAACUCUCGUCAGCGAACCGGAAAGAUUGGAAACCUAAAAGCGUGGACAGACUACAUGAUAUACAUUGCUGCAGCGACGUGUGGUGGAGAAGGAGGAGUUGGACCAUUUGCACACGUGUCUGUGCGGACGCAAGAAGGAAUUCCUGAUAUCACGGCAUUUACAGCUAAUCUCACGUCGUCAACCAAUGUCACUCUUACUUGGAGUAUUAGGCCAAAUGGGAUUCUGACAUCAUUGGAUGUCAGUGUGUAUGUUGAUGGUGCUAAUGACAGUGUGAGGUCGUUGGAACGUGUGGCAGUUGGUCAGCAUGUGUGGAGUGAGCUGAAGGCAUAUACGAAGUAUCAGUUUGUGUUGCGUGCAUCGACAAGCAAAGGAGGAAAUCAAAUGAGAACAAUGUCUGUGACGACAAGAGAAGCUUUGCCUGCUGCAUCUCCCAAUUUGACCAGUUGCAUAGGUCAUCCACCUGACGACGACAACCAUCGUGUGUUGUUAACACUCACAUUCUUUAACGUUCCACGCGGCAGUUGGAAUGGCAAGCCACUUUCCUACAUUGUCUCUGUCUACCCAUCCACUAAUGAUAGCAGCACAAGCGACUUCAGUUUACUUGCAACAGACAAAAUUACAUUGGAAGAGGCAAAGUUCUAUGAAGUCAAUGAGCAGAUAGAAGAAGUGGCUUUUAUUUCAGAUCAUGUCAAUAGCAGCCUGGGAAAUUUGAGUGUCUUGCUUUCUGCUAACAACGACGAAGGGCAAGGAUCGUACAGUCAAGAGUGUGUGUUUUAUAUUCCAAGUACAGUCACAAGCAGCAAGGAAAGCAUCAGUAGCAGUAGUACAAAUGUGGGUCUCGUCUUGGGUAUCUUGGUUCCUCUCAUCGUCGUCCUCACUCUACUCACAGUUCUCGUCUUCCUGUGGAGACGCCAUCAAACAUCCAAACAUAGCUACUCUGUAAACUUCGAAAUGGGCGACUACAUGGGCGGCAAGUUCCUCCUCAACACAACUCACUGGCUCUCAGACUGGCCAGACUACGGGCACCUACAAUUCGACCGAAAAAAACUGGAAAUCACCGGAGAUCUGGGCGAAGGAGAGUUUGGUAAAGUGCAUCUUGCUGUUGCAACGGGCAUCAUACCUACUGAGGAAGAAACAAAAGUGGCUGUGAAGACACUUAAAGGAGGAAGCUCAAGAGAAACGGCGGCAGACUUUAGGAAAGAACUGGAGAUCAUGAUGGAGUUUGAUCAUCCACAAAUUAUUACUCUGCUUGGCGUCUGCACUACAGAUGAGCCACUCUAUCUUAUUACAGAACUAAUGACGAAAGGUGACCUAAAGGAGUUUGUUCGCAACGCCCGUCCAAGCGAACAAAACCCCAUUCGUGGUCUCUCUCUCUUCCAACUGUUAGACAUCUGCAGUCAGAUCGCAUGUGGAAUGGCCUAUCUUGCCUCCAUCCAUUUCGUUCAUCGUGAUAUUGCCGCUCGUAACUGUCUGGUUGGAGGCGAAGACAACGAGUUGGUAGUCAAGGUGGCUGAUUUUGGAAUGGCCAAGGACGUUUACCAGACCGAUUACUACAAGAAGAGAGGAGGCAUUCUGCCCAUUCGUUGGAUGGCUCCAGAGGCAAUCACAGAUGGAAGGCACACCUUGUACUCUGAUAUUUGGUCGUUUGGCGUGUUGAUGUGGGAAGUCUUCUCGUUUGGCUAUCAACCAUACUUUGGUGUGGAGAACGAUCGGGUGCUUGGUGGCGUUAUCGGCGGCACGUUGUGUCUGCAGUGUCCUCCAGGUUGUCCGGCCGUCGUCUACGCUCUUAUGGGUCAUUGCUGGCAGAAGAAACCAGAAGGUAGAAUCACAGCGGCAGAAUUAUCAAAAGAAAUGCUCGAGCUCGUGCAGUUGUGCAAGAAAGAUGGGAAGGAGAGUGUGCAAGCGAUGCGUGCCGAUUGUUACCAAACACUUACGAAGUAUCAAUCAACGGCAAACGGUGCAUCGAAAAUUCAAGGGACGACAUCAGAAAUUGACGUUGACGAUGGUGGAUACUUGAAGCCUGCAGACUGUGGCAAACAAAAUGGAAUGGAUGUUGACUGUGAGGGAUACCGGAAGCCGGCAGAUGUUGGUAGACAAGAUGCAAUUGGUGACGGAUAUACGAAGAUGGAUGAGUCAGAGGUGAGAGAAAAUCGGUAUGAGACGACCGUGAAUGUGGGAGCGUCCCAAUUGGAUGCCAAAGUUGCUACAAUGAUGAUGGAUAAGGAUGGGAUGGCAAAACAAAUGAGUUAUGUUGACAUGGCGGGGACAUUACCGAGAGACGAAACGUGUGGGAGUCCGGAUGUUUGGACGAAUGCCGAAAGAAUGAAGAAACAAGAGAGCUACAUGGACAUGGCUAACACACUGCCGAGAGACGCAAGACAAGAGACCAAGAAAGAAGCAUAUGUGGACAUGAACAGCAGUGCUCCAGCAUUCGGUGAAUAUGACAGUCCAGUUAACUGGCAACAACCCACCACACAACAGACGUCUCGUGUUGCUCCACCAGCCACGGUAUACGACAAGUCGCGUGAUCUGCAAACCGGCAUGCAUCAGUACGUUGACAUGGGGGAUGGACAAGCUGGUGGAGGAUACAACGUUCCGGCCAAACGGGAAAUGUAUGUUGAUAUGUCGGGCACAUUACCCCACAUGGAGAGUCCGCAAGAUGUCACACUCUCGGUCACUCUGAAUGACUCUACUUCACCAGAGACAGCUUGUUAAUAUCAACAUGAACGACUGCCAGUGAUAUCUGUGUGUGUUGCAUGCAUACUGUUUUGUUAGACUAGAUUGUUGCUUAGCUUGUUGGUCAGCAGACAAGACAUAAUAGAGCUGCUACUGUAGUAGUAGCUGUGGUGACAUUGACAUCGUUUGCUGUAUGUAUGUUUGCCUGGUCUGUUUGUAGUGGCUUUAAUAGUUUAUGAUGAUUUUGUCCGAUUUUCCUCACAAGCGGACAUGUUUAGUA